AUGUCCCCCAGCCUUUCCUCGUCCGCCCAGCCGCCUACUGCCCCCACCAGAACAUCUGCACCCGCCCGUGUCCACGGCGAGUGCGGGACAGAGUGUGCUCUCGGCAGGCCCUCUGGGGCGGGGACCCAGCAGCAGUGUGGGGUCCUGGCCGUCCAGGGUGGGAGGCCCCCCGUGGAGUCCCUGAGUCGGGUCCUCACGAGAGCCCCCUUUGCCUGCAGAGACCUGUCCAGCCAAGUGGUGAGGCCUGAAGGGGGCGGGGGCACUGGCCGGGAAGGCGCCCCGGGCUGGAGCUGCAUCUGUCCAGCUGCGCCGGGGACGCCACCCGCCUUCCCGGGCGGUGAUAACAAAGGCAAUGCCUGUGGCCUCCCUCCAGGGUCCCUCCCCCGGGCCGCGGAGCCAGCCAGCAAGUUCGGGCUCCGGAGGACCUUCACCAGCGUGGUUUCCUACCUCGCUCUGGCCGUGGGCCUCGGGGGGCUGGUGGGGAAUGGGCUGGCCCUGCACCUGGGCUUCCACAUCAAGAAGGGCCCCUUCUCUGUCUAUAUCCUCCAUGUGGCCAGUGCGGACUUCCUGUUCCUGGGCUGCCAGCUGGGCUUCUCGGCCGUCCAGGUGGCCCUGAGCUCCAAGGACAGCCUCUACUCCACCUUCAGCACCAAGCGCUGCCUCUCCGACAUCUUCCCCGCCUGCUACCAGGGCUGCCGCCGCAGACACACGUCGGGCGCCGUCUGCGGCCUCUGCUCGCCCGCCGACGCCUGCGGCCUGCCGCGCGAGGGUGUGAGUUUGCUCGGCUGCCUGCGGUACCGCGCGGCUAGCAUCCCGUGGCCGCUGUCCCUGGCCUGCGUGGCCUACGCGGCCGGCCUUGUCCUCUUCGUCUGGGUGACACGUUGCCCCCAGAGCCCGCGCCCUCAGUUCUACAGCAUCUUCCUGGGCUCCGUAUUCCUGCUCUUCCCCUGCGGCCUCCCCUACGUCCUCUACUGGACCCUGCACCUCAUCCUGAACCUCCUGCUGCCCGUGUUCCUCCUGCUGGCCACCCUCCUGGCCUGUGUCCGCUGCAGCGCCAGGCCGCUCAUCUACUUCGCGACGGGCCGGCAGCCGGGCAAGCGGCAGCCGCUCUGGGUGGUCCUCCGGCGGGCCCUGGGGGAGGCGGCCCAGCUAGGGGCCGGGGGGCUGUCCCUGCCCAUGGGCCACAUGUCGGGGCUGCCCAGGGUCCCCCCAACCCUUCACCAGACCCUCCAGGACCACGUGUCAUCCGGCCCCCCAGCUCACUGGCCCUGGGAACCCAAGGGCUGAGAUCAUCAUGAGAGCUGUGGUCUUGACUCCCCCGUGCCCAGCCUGUGGGGUACAAGGAAGGCCUGA